AAAUCAUGCUAGCAUCUCUCUUGGUUUACGCGCAAAUUAGAUCGACACAGCGGCUGCACAAGGCUUCAAACUUGGUCGAAUAAAUAAUCAAAUACUACUGUUCUCUUUUUUUAUAUAUAAAAAAAAUAUAUGGAACUUCCAACAACUGAGCAAUCAAACUGUGCUAUAUUUUCUUAGAUACAGAAAAUAAUACACGUUUGCAAGAAUUUAUUUAACACAGUGUGGUUGUUAUUUUGUAUUAUCAUUUCGCAGGGCGAAUUAAAGAUGUAUAAAAGAAUUAACAGUGGACUUGAUGCUUUGGGCAGGCGUUGCUGAAUCGGUCCCCGGAGAGGAUUGUUGCAAGCUUUGCCACAGAUGCAAUUUACCAAGGGAGACGCUCUUCUGCAGGGGACGUUUAAAUCAACCACACGCCAGGGACAGGCAGCUGGAUGUCAGUCCAAGAUGUGCAGCGAGUGCUAUACCAACCAGACCUUUGUUUAUGAUGAUGGGACAGCACAUAAAUGCACAGCCAGAGGCUAUCAUGAGAUCAAGAUCUCAUAUCCCGAGUUCCAUGGGCGAAAGGCUCUCCCCCGAAAGCACCCAGAAGAACAACAGCAGCAACGCUGGAGUUAUUCUGGAUAUUUCCAACCUCAAAAUGAACGAUAUGGACUCGGAGGUACCCCCUCUUCCACCCCGAUACAGAUUUAGGGAUUUACUGCUGGGAGACCAAUCCUUUCAAAACGAGGACAGGGUGCAGGUUGAGUUUUACGUCAAUGAAAAUACCUUCAAGGAGAGACUGAAGCUUUUCUUCAUUAAAAACCAAAGAUCAAGUUUAAGAAUCCGACUCUUCAACUUCUCUCUCAAGCUGCUCUCCUGUCUCUUGUACAUUGUACGGGUUUUACUGGAUGAUCCAACAGAGGGCAUUGGAUGCUGGGGGUGCCCUAAACAGAAUUACACCGCUCAUGCAAACGUAACAGAAAUCAGAUGGGCUCCCAUUCUUUGGGUGGACAGAAGACUAGCAGUAUGGGCUAUUCAGGUUAUCGUGGCCUUAAUAAGUUUCUUGGAGGCUAUGCUUCUUGCAUAUCUGAGCUACAAGGGAAACAUCUGGGAGCAGAUUUUCCGAAUAUCCUUCAUUCUGGAGAUGAUCAACACAGCCCCCUUCAUAAUUACUAUAUUCUGGCCUCCAUUGAGAAACAUAUUUAUUCCAGUUUUUUUAAAUUGCUGGCUGGCUAAAUGUGCUCUAGAGAGUAUGAUAAACGACUUACAUCGAGCCAUCCAGAGGACUCAGUCAGCAAUGUUCAACCAAGUUCUCAUUCUCAUCUGCACUCUUCUGUGUCUCGUGUUUACUGGGACCUGUGGAAUUCAGCACCUGGAGAGAGCUGGAAACAACCUCUCCCUCUUCAAGUCCUUGUAUUUCUGCAUCGUCACGUUCUCCACUGUUGGGUACGGGGACGUGACGCCUCAGAUCUGGCCGUCUCAGCUUCUUGUAGUCAUCAUGAUCUGUGUGGCUCUUGUGGUGCUGCCUCUUCAGUUUGAGGACUUGGUGUACCUGUGGAUGGAACGGCAGAAAUCUGGUGGGAAUUAUAGCCGCCACCGCUCUCAGACAGAGAAGCAUGUGGUGUUGUGUGUCAGCUCCCUGAAGAUAGACCUCCUCAUGGACUUUCUCAAUGAAUUCUAUGCACAUCCCAGACUUCAGGAUUAUUAUGUGGUGAUUCUGUGCCCGACGGAGAUGGAUAUUCAGGUCCGGCGAGUCCUACAGAUUCCUCUGUGGUCACAGCGGGUCAUCUACCUGCAGGGGUCAGCUCUGAAGGACCAAGACCUCAUGAGGGCCAAAAUGGAUGAUGCUGAAGCCUGUUUCAUUCUGAGCAGUCGGAAUGAGGUGGAUAGGACAGCAGCAGACCAUCAGACAAUCCUGAGAGCAUGGGCUGUGAAGGACUUUGCACCAAACUGCCCGCUCUACGUCCAGAUACUGAAGCCAGAAAAUAAAUUCCAUGUUAAAUUUGCAGAUCAUGUAGUUUGUGAAGAAGAGUUUAAGUACGCCAUGUUGGCUCUGAACUGUAUUUGUCCUGCCACAUCCACCCUUAUCACUCUGUUAGUUCACACGUCCCGAGGACAAACCCCCUUGGAUCCUUUAAACCCGAGACAAGGAGCAUGCCACUCUUUAUUCAGGGAAGGCCAGCAGUCUCCUGAACAGUGGCAGCGAAUGUAUGGCCGGUGCUCAGGGAACGAGGUCUAUCACAUCAGUCUGGGAGACAGCAAGUUCUUUGGGGAGUACGAGGGGAAGAGUUUCACCUACGCUUCCUUCCACGCACAUAAAAAGUACGGUGUGUGUUUGAUCGGAGUCAAGAGAGAAGCCAAUAAGAGCAUCCUGUUGAACCCAGGUCCCAGACACAUCAUGGCAGCCUCGGAUACCUGUUACUACAUCAACAUCACCAAGGAGGAGAACUCCGCUUUCAUCUUCAAACAGGAGGAGAAGCACAAGAAGAAGGGAUUGGCUCCCGGGGGGCUGUACAGUGGACCUUCCAGACUCCCUGUCCACAGUAUCAUCGCCAGCAUGGGUACUGUUGCUAUGGACUUGCAGAACACGGAGUGCCGCCCCAACAGCAGCAGUAGUAAACUAACCCUGCCAACCGAGAACGGAGAAAACAGCAGAAGGCCUAGCAUCGCCCCAGUUCUGGAGAUAGCAGACUCCACCUCAAUUCUACCAUGUGACCUGUUGAGCGACCAAUCAGAAGAUGAAACAGCCCAGUCGGAUGACGAAGGACUGCCUUCUCUGGAGUAUGUGAAAGGGUACCCUCCCAAUUCACCUUAUAUCGGGAGCUCUCCAACCUUGUGUCACCUACUGCCUCAGAAAGCACUGUUCUGCUGUCUGAGAUUGGACAAGGGCUGUAAGCACAACAGUUUUGAAGAUGCUAAGGCGUAUGGCUUUAAGAAUAAGCUGAUUAUUGUUUCGGCAGAGACUGCUGGGAAUGGGUUGUAUAACUUUAUAGUUCCUCUGCGAGCCUACUAUAGACCCAGAAAAGAACUGAACCCCAUCGUAUUGCUUCUGGAUAACCCACCUGAUAACCACUUCUUGGAGGCAAUCUGCUGUUUUCCUAUGGUGUACUUCAUGGCUGGAACCAUUGAUAACCUGGAUAACCUGCUCCAGUGUGGCAUCAUCUACGCUGACAAUCUGGUCGUAGUUGAUAAGGAGAGCACCAUGAGUGCUGAGGAGGACUACAUGGCAGAUGCUAAAACGAUCGUCAAUGUCCAAACUAUGUUCAGGCUAUUCCCUAGUCUCAGCAUUAUCACAGAACUCACACACCCCUCCAAUAUGAGGUUCAUGCAGUUCAGAGCCAAGGACUGCUAUUCCCUCGCGCUCUCCAAACUGGAAAAGAAGGAGCGUGAAAAAGGCUCAAACCUGGCCUUCAUGUUCAGACUCCCAUUCGCAGCCGGCAGAGUGUUUAGCAUCAGCAUGCUGGAUACAUUGCUGUAUCAGUCAUUCGUGAAGGAUUACAUGAUACCUAUAGCAAGGUUAUUACUGGGCCUUGACACAACCCCAGGGUCAGGAUACCUGUGUGCUAUGAAGAUCACAGAAGAUGAUUUGUGGAUUAGAACAUAUGGCAGGUUAUUCCAAAAGCUGUGCUCAUCCAGUGCUGAAAUUGCCAUUGGCAUGUACAGGACAGAAUCCCAUAUGUUUGCAACAUCUGAGUCACAAGACAUUGGUCCACAGUCCCAGAUCUCCAUCAAUGUUGAGGAGUGUGAGGACACAAAGGACGUGAAAGAACCGUGGAACCAAAAAGGCAGCCACAGGAACUCCACCUCCAGUGACCAAUCGGAUCACCCGUUACUGAGGAAGAAGAGCAUGCAGUGGGCACGGCGACUGAGCAGGAAAGGAAACAAGCAGACGAGUAAAACGGAGCGAAUCAGCCAGCAGAGACUGAAUCUGUACCGCCGCUCAGAGAGACAGGAGCUUUCUGAGCUGGUGAAAAACAGAAUGAAGCACCUGGGUUUGCCGACCACAGGUUACGAGGAUGUAGCAAAUUUAACUGCCAGCGAUGUGAUGAAUCGGGUAAACCUAGGAUAUUUGCAAGAUGAAAUGAAUGACCAUCAGAACACCAUGUCUUAUGUUCUAAUCAACCCUCCACCAGACACACGGCUUGAGCUCAAUGAUAUAGUGUACCUGAUCCGCUCAGACCCUCUGGCUCAUGUUCCUAAUGACACUCAAAAUGGAAAAGGUAACUUCAGUAUGAAGCAAGACUUUGGCAGUGAAACCAGAGAUGAAACGCAGCUCUGAAUUCUGAACCCCAGCCUUGAACAUGCUUACUGCCAUUUACUUUAUAAAGAUGCAUGGAAGUGUGCUGGCAUUAAAUAUCCACUGGCUAGAGACAGCCACCUUCCCUGGGAACCCAGGAACUGGGAACAGAGAGGAGAAUGAUCUUGAAAACCAGAAGUGUGAGUUAGAUCAAUGGGAAAUGUGCAUAAUGAGCACCACUUCAUUAGAUCUGCAAUGCACUAACUGGAGUGAGAACUGAGGCUUUGAAAUCGUGUUGGCCCCUAUUCACCGAGCUUUAACUCAUUACUUACUUAGUCUGUUUGUAUGAAUAAAAUACAGUUUUAGAUUGUAAUUCAUUAACAGCAAUCUAGAACUAUAUCUUAUUGAUAUGUUAUUAAUAUCAAACUUUUAAUCAAGAGAAAAAGAUAGUUAAAGGUUUCUGAUUAGGGCCCAUCGUCACUGCCCCUCUUAUCAAGUUGCUGAAGAUCUUGUGGGUCAGUCGGGACAACUCAUGUGAUUUAAAACUAGCUUUUUAUUAUAGAAUAAAAACAAUUGGCAUCAGCACAUAUCAUAGCAUUUUGACUUGGCAUUGGCACUUGGUGCUGCCUUGAAAUGUGAUUGAUAUUUCACUGGCGAGGCGGAAAAUGAGGAGGAGGUGGAAGCACAGCCUCGUGGUGUGCAGGGUGAGUCAUACAGUCGGGAGAGCGCAGGUUCGCAUCCUGGUUGUGCAGUCGCAAGGCAUCGCUGGGGAUUCCAGGAGCGUCACAUUGGCCUUGGUGCUCCUGUGGGCUAGGGAAGUAAAACCAGAAGGGACUGUUUCUCCGCAUCGCGUACAGCGGACCCUACCGACAAUGCGUCCAGUAAGCUCAGAUGGACACCUGCAGAGCUGGCUUUUGUCCAGAGGCCAGUAGCUCACUGACGUCUGCUUUCAAGUUUCUGGGUGUAGAAGAGGAAACUGGCUUGGUCGUGGGAUCGGACUUUCAGUUCUCCUGAGCUGUGUGGGGAAUUGCUGCGGUGAGGGGAAAAAUAAUGGGACAUACUAACUUAAUUGGGGAGAAAAUUGGGGGUAAAAUAAUUGGGCACUCAAAUAUAAAAAUAAAAAAUCAUAUUGGCAGGUGUAUUUAGUUUCCUGAAAUUCCACAUAGCUUCAAAGAUCUUCACCUUAGCGAUAGAGGUGAUUUUAAAGCCUUGGUUACUGCUCUGAGAAAGUUGAUAUAGAAAAUGUUUUGAAUAACAAAUACUUUAUAUAACUCCACGUUUAGUAUUUGUGUUCAGUAAGGUUUAUACCAAAUGUUUGAACCUUUCACUAAGCAUAUAUAUAUAUGUUUUAAGCAAUUUCUAAAUCACCCAAAGACUGCUGUUAAAUAAAGGACCUUGUGUUGUUUGAAUGGUUCUAUGUCCAUAUUGAUCUAGCAGUGCCCUACACUAGAGAUGGCUUAACCUUGACGUAACUCACCUAGGACGUCCAGAAUUAAACAGGUGAAUAUCAGGGACUUCAGCACCCCCAUUGUGAAUCUUGUUUUAAACAGCUGAUUUAUUUUUUUUUUUUAUUGAAGACAUGGAUAUAGUUACAGAUAUCCAACAUGUUUUAGUUUUUACCAUAUCACUUAUAUCAUGUAGCAAACCCCCUUUUUGCUGGACACGGAAAGCCGCACAUUAAGAACUGUCGUCUAAAGUAGGAAUGCACAGUAGUUCAAGAGCAUGUAGAGUUUUGUGGUGUUGAUAUUUAAGAUUAAACCUGAUCAGUUAAAUUAGUAUGGUACUUUGAAUGCAGUGCUACUUGCUGUGCUUUGAAAAAAUCAAUAAAAGCAGUAAUACAGUAACUUGAAAAACCAACCUUUUCCUAUGUGGAACCCUUUUUCAGCUUCCCCAUGCUUUGUUUUCCUGGGGGGUCAUUAAUCAAGUGACCCUGUUGAGAUUAAUUAAACUGGUGCCAAAAUUAUAUAGGAAAACCAAUACAAGUACAGUGCUCCCUGCACAUUUCACAAUUCUAGAAUUCACUAAUUUACAUGUCAUGCAUUUAGUUGACAAUGAAUUGUACCAGUACAUGUUUUACUUUAAAAAGACCUUUUAUAGCUCAGUGUUAUCAAUAGUCCAUGUUUUUUGAUGUGUAAGUUGGAUAGCGAAAUAGAGGGAGCAUUGUAUAGGUUGAAAACUUGAAGCAGUCAUGGAAUCUUUACAGAAGAAUAUUGAUUGUUUUUACAAAACAAAUUCGGAUGGGUAUAUUUUAAAUGUUAUUGGAGGGAGCGAGAAAUAUACAAAUUCAGAGGUUCAAAAGUAGUGCUUUGUACUUCAUAGCUGCUUGGCAACAGGAGCAAAAGGCACCUUGUUAGUUGCCAAUGGUUAGCAGGGUUGCUUUGAAAGUGGUAGACGUUUGCUAAAAUUAUAAAAGGGAGGCUUACAUUGUGUAUUAUAUAAAUUUAUUUAUAUUAAAUUCGCUGUUACUGUUUGGAACACAUUUGAAUUAUACUGUACUCUAGCCCAGCCAGGUUGUUUAUAAAUGUAAUUUAUGUAUAGCUGUACAUAACCACUUGGAGAUUUUGUCAGCUUAAAAAGCUGACCUGUUUGGUUGUAAAUUAUAAUUUAUUUAUUUAUCUGUGUGUGUGUGUGUAUUUAAACAAACAUUUUUCAAUAUGGGAACUUGGUUACUAAUACCUACUUAAUGUCUUUCCCUGAAUUACUAUAGUAAAAAACCCUUUAAAUAAAACUAUUUGCACAUGGGAAUGGUUUCUCCUUUAUACGCAUACGUUCUGCUUUUCAUUGUAAAAAACAACCCGGCCAACCUUAUAAACAUAGGCAUGUUUAUUAUUUCUCCUGUAUAAGACACUGAAACUAUUUCAUAUCUGUAUUUCUGGUUAUUUGUGUUGAGGGUUAAAAUGGGAAGACUUCAAACCUGCAGUCUUGGUACAAUGCUUAACAAUAGCAUAUCUAAAUACGACCAUCAUAAUAAAGCAGUCAGAUAUUAACGUUCCUGAGACAGAAAUAAACUUAAUAGACUAACCAGCACUGUUGGAUUUUGUGAUUUUCAUAACCUGGGCCUUUUAUUGUUUAUGUAAACAAUGGCAUUAUAGUGAUACACGGCUGAUCCUCAUUCUGUAUUCUGUUGAUUGAUCAGUUUUUCCGUCACGAUUUUGUUUUUCAAAGCCUUGGUUUUUAUACCAUUUAGGGUUAAAUAUGUUUAAUACAGUAAUCUGCCGCAUAUCCGCCCUAACCGUUUAUCCGUCAUGAUCAAUCUCUUCAGCUACGUAUUGAACAGAGAUGAUUAGUUCAGAGAUUGUAGAGCCUACCAGAGUUUUCGUACACUGUUGUCUGUUCAGUGUGUUGAUAUGUAAAUAAAUCCUGUUCGCCUGCGGGGCGUAUCAGCUUCAACCUCCGUCUCGAUCUCCUGCCUGUCACUCAGCAGUGAAUGCACACACCCACACGGCAGAGGGCUACUUUGUCACAAGCAUUAAUAUCCUGUAUCUUUCUAAACAAGGGAUUUAGGGGAGCUCCCUAAUAAAAGUUGAAUCUCAAAACAAUAAUUGCAUGGAUAUAGUAAUUGUUACAGCUGUGUAUAAUGGUAUUUAAAACAGGAUUCAUUUAUCUGCCUUUUUACAUAUCCGCCCUUACUCCGGUUCCAGCGCAGUCGGAUAUGCGACAGAUUACUGUAUAUUGCUGUUUACAUAAAAUAACACAGUGCUCAGAAUGUCCUAUUUUGAAAGGAAACGACUGGUCUACUUUUAUAUGUUUGUGACCUGACAAUCAUACAUCUUUCUAUGCUAAUGAACAAUAAUAUCAUACAAAUUGCAUUAUCCUGCUGUUUAUCAUAACAUCACUCCUGUUUUUUUAAUUGUAUCAAUUUUAUCGUAUUUUAGACACAAAUAGUGCCAAUGAUUUGCAUUGAGAGAACAGUACCUCUGAAGAGAAUCUUAAGCAGGCUCUUGAAACUAUUCAAAGUUUGUAACAUUACAAUAAUUGAAAACUAGACUUUAGAAACAUUUCAUUUCUUGGAAUCCAUUUAUUUAUUUAUUUAUUUUAAUUAAUUGUGAUUUUAGAUUAUUUUGACAAUUAGGGAUAGAAACUUGAACUCUCCCUAGCAAACUCACCAGGGUCCACUAGGGGGAGCGGUGAUGCAAUGAUCUUAGUGAUGUAUCUACAGUAAAUACUGACGCUCUUUAAAUCUGUAUUGACCCCAGAAGUGAUUUAUAGACCCACCGACUGUAUUGGCAUUACUACAUUUAAUAGAAAUCCACUAGGUUGUAAAGGGCGGCUGUAUUAAUGUCCACCACUCCUUUAGAUGUAUUAAAAUAGACUCUGCUGCAUUUAGGAGGUGUAUCUGACACAAGUUGUACACAUGGUUUCAUUGAUUGAAAUGUGUAUAAGAUAUUAACAUGUAAAGUAAAAGAAAGUCUGAAUCAAUUACAAUGAACAAGCAUAGUGUAUAUGCUUUUGUUAUCAAGAUGCCAACUACUGUGUAACCAAAUAACAUAUUCUAUAGCACAAAUUCACAAUACAUUCCUUUAGUUGGUCAGUGAAUAUUCACGUAUUAAAAAGCACUUCAGCACAGCUGUAAAUAUCAGCCAAAAGGCCAUAAGUUAACAGGAAAAAAAAGGUAAUAUUUCUCACACAUGUGCAUGCAUUUUUAUAAGAAACCCUGGCAUUAUGCAUGUGACACCACAGUUUGCAUUAUCACAUGUUUACAGCAGUGUUACUGCAGUCUAUCGAACACUGCGAUGCAUGAUAUCACAGCAUUUUAAUAGUGUGUCAAACAUAAACGAUUGCUGUAGUUUUACUAAUCAUUUAAAAAGGAACUCCCUUAUAAAUCACUUUUGUUUAAAAUAAAAUAUGCUACGCCUUUUUGAAAUGUCUCCCAAUUUUCAGUGUGUUACAUGAAAAGUAGAUCACUAACUUUUCACAGCUCUUUUGUCAUUUCUUGAAUGUGGGGGAGGGAUGUACUGUAUAUUUGAACUAAUCCUUCAUCUGGGUGAGUUAUGGAAAUUAUGAAAAAACACAAAAGGAAAGCAAAUGUCUGUAUUUUUAGUUGAAAAUGUAAUGUGUACAUUUCAAUGUAUUGUCUAAAAUUUGUAAAGGACCAUGGAAUAUCUUGGACAAGAGCUUAAAAAAAUUAGUUAUUUUGAAAACUUAAGAAUUGUUUUAUAGCUGUCUCCUUUAAGACCAAUUCAUUUCAAAAUCUGUGUUUGUUUCAAUGUAGUCCUUCACAAAUUUGAAUAAAAUGUUGUUUUUUUUUUUAACAGAAUCCUAGUUCUGUUUCACUGUGAAAAUUCCUGGAAUUUAAAAGUUAAUUUAUCAGACAUUUUAAAUAUUUAUUAGAGGGUUUUCAUUUAAACUGUACAUCAUUGUAUAAUUGACAUAUUACAAAUGCAUGUUCUUUGAUGCCAAAACUAUCACACGAAUGGGUGCGUUUCAGGAUUUCAAACAGACUGUGCAGAUUAUUAUAUGAACUGUAAAAGAAUAAACCAUUUUGUACAAUUUCUUAUAUGAAGCCAAUGUGCUUCAUUACUGUAUGUGAGAAUUCAAUAAAGUAGCUGAAUGCAGCCAUGAACUACA